UUCAAGAAGUUCUGGAAGGUUCCCAGGUUUUCUGGCCUGUUAUGGUGCCAGAAGGGCUCUCGCCUCUCCUGGCUGCUGUGCACCCAAAUGGUGCUGCACACAAACGGUGUUGUGCACGCAAAUGGUGCUGCACACACAACUGGUGCUGUGCACACAAAUGGUGCUGCGCACACAACUGGUGCUGCGCACACAACUGGUGCUGCGCACACAAAUGGUGCUGCACACACAACUGGUGCUGCGCACACAACUGGUGCUGUGCACACAAAUGGUGCUGUGCACAACCCAGCUUUGCCAAUCCGGCCCCGAGGGAAGGUGGGAGGAGGCCCCUCCAUGCAGGAACAGAGGUGGUUCUGGUGCCAAAACCACGAGGCUCACAUUUUGGUAAAUCAGAGAAGAGGGCGGUAGGAAAAGCGGCAACCAAACUGCAGCCAAGUGCCUGCAUGAACAAGCUGGUGCUUGCACUGCAUCAGCUCUGGGAGCAGAGGUGGCUUUUCGUGGGGCAGAGGACAGCAUGCAUCACCUGCAUCACCGCCAGGUGAGCAUCGGCUGUCAGACCUCCCAGCCAGGCAUUCCCUGCCCGGCAGGAUGCUGGGAUCCCCUUCUGUCACUCAGCCACCACGAAAGGUGGAUCCAGGUUGUGGAGUAAAGCCAAGAGGCAGGCAAAGUGCAGAGAGUUUUGUGGAGCAAAGAGCAGAUGCAAGCCCUCACGGGAAAAUGUGAGAUAACUGAGUACUAAAAGGCACCUGCAGGCAGUGCAGUGCAGUGUCAGCACGGAGGCAGACGGAGCAGUAUGGCUGGAGUUUGCUUCCGCUCCGCUCUGGUGACUGGGGCCAACCGGGGAAUCGGCCUGGGGUUUGUGCAGCACCUGCUGGCAUUGCCAAACCCACCUGAGUGGGUCUUUGCAACUUGUCGGGACCCCAAGGGACAGCGAGCACAGGAGCUGCAGAAAUUGGCCGCCAAGCACCCCAACCUGGUCGUUGUCCCGCUCGAAGUCACCGAUCCCGCCAGCAUCAAGGCGGCCGCAGCCAGCGUCGGGGAGCGCCUCAAGGGCUCGGGGCUGAACCUCCUCAUCAACAACGCGGGGAUUUUAAAGGCAAACAGGCUUGACAAUGAAACACUGAAGGACAUGUCCGAGGUGUACACCACCAACACCAUUGCACCUCUGCUGCUCAGCCAGGCAUUCCUGCCCCUGCUGAAGAAGGCAGCCCAGGGGAGCCCGGGCUCAGGGAUGAGCAGCAGCAAAGCAGCCAUCAUCAACAUGUCCAGCACUGGGGGAUCCAUUUCUUCUUUCAGUGGUUGGGAUAUAAUGGAAAUUGUCUCAUACCGCUGCAGCAAGGUAUAGCCACACACUGUGGAGGGAAAAUAUCUUUCCUCUCCCUUGCCCAGCCAUGGGAUCUGCACGUGUCCCCAUGCUGCACCUUCUCAUCCCCACCUGAUCCCUGUG